UUGGCUACCUGUAAACGUGCCAAUAGUAUCUGGACACGGGACUAUUCCCCUGUGCUGAGUGAAAGACACGUGUAAAUGGUCAGAGUCGGGAGGAAUGUGAUGCCAGAUGGAAACAACAUAAACAGCUGGGAGACUUCAUCCGGGAUUUCAAGGCGAGGAUGGGAGACUUACGUUCUCGCCGUUCACUAGUUCCAAAGGUGGUUUAGAUACACCUACUUCUCCGGGGAAGGAUUUUGCUUUGGAGCGUCGUGAUUUGAGCUGUUGGGCAGCUGUUUCCUGAGCAACUCUGGAGACAUGCCAGCCACUUGAGGUGAAUCAAGCAGUGGCAGGGACAGGACCUACCUGGGCUGAAAUUUUAAUCCCAGGCACGUGGCAUUUGCUCAAGUGAUCACUGAUCGUGGAAUCUGUUAUUCUUCAGUCUGUUUUCUUCCACGAAACAAUUGCUGAGUUCCCUAAGUGCACUGUAAAUACUGCAGCAGGGUGUGACUUCAGUCAGCUGUGACCUCAGUUCAAUCGUUUCUCCCAGUAAGCGACGGUGAGAAUGAAUGGACACAUAUCAAACACCCCUCCUGGUGGAUAUGGAAGUUAUUUUCCCCAAAUGAAUGGCUAUGGCUCCCCAACAUUUGCUCAGGCGGAGAGGGAGCAGAACUCAAGAACAAGUGCGAAAGCUCUUUAUGAACAAAGGAAGAAUUAUGCACGAGACAGUGCCAGCAGCAUAUCCGAAACGUCCCAGUACCACGUAGAGCACUUGACCACGUUUGUUCUGGACCGAAAAGAGGCAAUGAUUACAGUAGACGAUGGAAUAAGAAAGCUGAAAUUGUUGGAUGCCAAAGGCAAAGUGUGGACUCAAGAUAUGAUUCUUCAAGUGGAUGACAAAGCUGUCAGUUUGGUGGACUUGGAAUCAAAGAAUGAACUGGAGAAUUUUCCUUUAAGCACAAUUCAGCAUUGCCAAGCUGUGAUGAAUGCAUGCAAUUACAAUUCAAUUCUUGCAUUAGUAUGUAAAGAACCAACCCAAAACAAGCCCGAUUUGCAUCUUUUCCAAUGUGAUGAAAUUAAGGCUAGCUUUAUUCAUGAAGAUAUUGAAAGUGCAAUCAGUGACAGCAAAAGUGGGAAGCAAAAGAAGAGGCUUGAAACACUGAGAAUGAUCUCCAAAGCUGACAGUGCCAUCCCUCCUCCGCCACGGGCACCGGCCCCGGUGCCGCCGGGGACCAUCACGCAGGUGGACGUGAGGAGCCGCGUGGCAGCGUGGUCGGCGUGGGCUGCUGAGCAGGGCGACUUUGAAAAACACAGGCAGUACCAUGAACAUGAAGAAACAGCAGAGAUGAUGGCAGCCAGGAUUGACAGAGAUGUUCAAAUUCUGAACCACAUUUUGGAUGACAUAGAGUAUUUUGUUACCAAACUUCAAAAAGCUGCUGAAGCGUUUGCUGAACUUUCAAAGAGGAAGAAAACUAAGAAAAGUAAAAAGAAAGGACCUGGAGAGGGAGUUCUCACUCUCCGUGCAAAACCACCCCCUCCAGAUGAAUUUGUUGAUUGCUUCCAAAAGUUCAAGCAUGGCUUCAAUCUUCUGGCUAAGUUGAAGUUCCAUAUCCAGAAUCCUAGUGCAGCUGAUCUGGUUCAUUUUCUCUUCACCCCACUACAAAUGGUGGUACAGACAACAGGAGGUCCAGAGCUUGCUGGUACAGUACUCAGCCCCCUCUUAACAAAAGACACCAUAGACUUCCUGCGAUACACUGUCACCAGUGAGGAGGGACAGUUAUGGAUGUCCUUGGGUGACACGUGGACCAAAGCCAGAGCCGAUUGGCCCAAAGACCAUUUUAUUCCACCUUAUGUCCCCCGUUUCCGAAAUGGUUGGGAGCCUCCUUUGCUGAACUUCAUGGGAGCUCCGAAGGAGCAAGAACUCAAUCAUUUGGCUGAGUCUGUGGCAAACGUUGCAGAGCAACAGCGAAAACAAGAGAUGAAAAGGAUGUCAACCGAGCCUCCCGGUGUUCCUGACUACCCUCCGUCGGAUGGGUAUGCAUUCAGUAACACAGUUUACAAAAGAGGGCCUCUGCUGGACCAGGGGGCAGCUGUUGCUGCCUUUAAGCAAACUGUUAGCCGACAUGUAGAUAGAAACUAUGAAGCACACAAUAAAGCACAGAGCAAGAAAUAUGCCAAAUGCAAGUACGAAUUUGUGGCAAGAAACAACAGUGAGCUUUCUGUCACGAAAGAAGAGAUCGUAGAGAUUCUGGAUGACAGAAAGCAGUGGUGGAAGGUUCAGAACAGGAGUGGCAGCACAGGCUUUGUGCCAAACAAUAUUUUGGAUCCUCUGAGGAGUCAAGAAGGUGGUCAGGGAUGGCCGGAGCCUGUGUAUACCCGCACCAUCCAGAAACAGAGGACGGACUAUGUAGGAAAACAAUCUGACCCGGUUCCUGCUACUCCUUCGCCACCUCCCACACCUGCUCCUGUCCCCGUGGCUGUCCCCCUCCCUCCCAGUGCUCCAGCACCUAUUCCAGUUCCCGUGCCCAAGGCACCAGCAGCCGUCAGCCGCCAAAGCAGCACCUCCAGCGACAGCGGUGGGAGCGUUGCACGAGACACUCAGAGGCAGAAGCAAAUUCCUGUGGAUCGCAGGAAAUCCCAGAUGGAGGAGGUGCAGGAUGAACUUGUUCACCGCCUCACCAUCGGCCGGAGCGCUGCCCAGAGGAAGUUCCACGUGCCACGACCCAACAUCCCAGUGGUCAACAUCACUUAUGACUCCUCCCCUGAUGAUGUGAAAGCGUGGUUGCAGUCCAAAGGAUUCAACCCUGUGACUGUCAACAGCCUUGGUGUGCUGACAGGUGCUCAGCUCUUCUCCCUCAAUAAAGAGGAACUGAGGACUGUUUGCCCAGAAGGGUCGAGAGUCUACAGCCAAAUCACGGUACAGAAGUCUGCCUUGGAGGCAAACAGUGGUAGUUCGGAACUGCAAGAAAUUAUGAGAAGACGACAGGAAAAAAUCAGUGCAGCUGCCACAGAUUCAGGUGUGGAGUCCUUUGAUGAAGGGAGCAGCCACUAAAUGUGUUUCUUCUUUUCUUUAAUUCCAUUGCCCAUAGCAUCAUACCAUCCAGCUUUGCUUUAGGAAGCAGUGAAGGGGAAUGUCUUACUAUAUUGUAACUUAACUAGCCAACACAAAGAAAAUUCACAGUAGUCUCCACAGGAGUACCUCCUGCUGCCUUCUCAUCAUGAAAAAUAAGCAGAUGAGAAAUUCAGUGGAGCUUCCUGGCAGGUGAAAAUAUUGGUACAUGAUUCAUUUACACCCAAAGAUGAGUCUUGGCUUUUAUGGAAUUAACAUGACAGACAAAUUGUAGCACAUCUCUGUGAUUCAUCUGAGGGAAGCUGAGCCAGCAAUAAAAAAAGCAUUUGACCCCUUCAGUAAUUAUAAGAUUCUGAAUCUCAUCUCUUGCUGUAGUGUGCAAUUAUGUCUUUUUGGCUCAGUCUUUCUUGUCAUGCAUUCGGCUGCAGGACGUUUACUUAAGUUGUUGAUGCCAGCAAUUGGAGAGGAAAUCUUUAGAGAAUGAACAGCAGCCCAACAUAGACUGAAUCUUUCUUGCAUCACUCCCAAGAUGUUUUAUUACUAAUGAUGCUGUUUAUAGCAAAAUAAUACUCUGUACAUUGAUUUUAUCAAUACUUCACCCGUGAUGAACUAUAAUAUUGCACAAGAAGGAAUAACUAGAAUAUAGUAACACAACUCAGCUCAAAGAGGUGAUGAGAUCUGCUGUAGCUGGCCAUGCAACAACUCACAGUAUGUUUUUUUAAUAUACUUGCAUUUUUUUUUGCCUGUAAUUUAACCCAUCAAAAGAACAGUGUAUAAUCUAGACUUCUCUGUGUGUUGAUCCCAGAUACCAGUUUUUCCUCAUGUAAAAAAACUAUUGUUCUUUUAUAAAUGUAAUCUUUUGGGAAAGUGGAUUCCUGGAGGCAAAAGGGGGAAAAGAAGAGGAAACAUCCUUUCCAGAAAAUGUUAUUUUUGAAGAUGAAAUGAUUUUUGUCACAAAAUGUUCUGUUAUGGUCAUGUGAUUUUAUAUAUAAUAUAUUUAUUAUAUAUAAUAUAUAAUAUCACUUAAUUUAGACAAAUUUAGUCAUCUAGUUUGAUUGAGUUUCAUAGUGCCUUUUUCACAUGAAUCAGCUUAAAGUCUGCAAUAAACAGUAUUUCUUGUCUGUUAAA